AUGAAGCGGCAGAACGUGCGGACGCUGGCGCUGAUCGUCUGCACCUUCAGCUACCUGCUGGUGGGCGCCGCCGUCUUCGACGCGCUCGAGUCCGAGGCGGAGACGGCGGAGAGGCGGCGGCUGGAGGCCAAGAGCGACGAGCUCAAGAGAAAGUACAACCUGAGCGCCGAGAGCUACGGCGAGCUCGAGCGGGUCGUGCUCAAGCUCAAGCCGCACAAGGCCGGCGUCCAGUGGAAAUUCGCCGGCUCCUUCUACUUCGCCAUCACCGUCAUCACCACCAUAGGCUACGGGCACGCGGCGCCCAGCACGGACGGCGGGAAGGUUUUCUGCAUGCUCUACGCGCUGCUGGGCAUCCCCCUGACGCUGGUGAUGUUCCAGAGCCUGGGCGAGCGCAUCAACACCCUGGUGCGCUCGCUGCUGCGCCGCCUCAAGAAGCGCCUGGGCAUGCGGCGGCCGGAGGUGUCCAUGGCCAACAUGGUGACCAUCGGCUUCUUCUCGUGCGUCAGCACGCUCUGCAUCGGCGCCGCCGCCUUCUCGCACUACGAGAACUGGAGCUUCUUCCAGGCCUACUACUACUGCUUCAUCACGCUGACCACCAUCGGCUUCGGCGACUACGUGGCGCUGCAGAAGGACCGGGCGCUGCAGACGCAGCCGCAGUACGUGGCCUUCAGCUUCGUCUACAUCCUCACGGGGCUGACGGUCAUCGGCGCCUUCCUCAACCUGGUGGUGCUGCGCUUCAUGACCAUGAACGCCGAGGACGAGCGCCGCGACGCCGAGCAGCGGGCGCUGCUCAGCCAGGGAGCUCGCUCCGGAGCCGUGGCCGCCGUCCCCGAGGCCUCCGCGGUGACCCCGGCCGAGAGCGGCUUCCGGAACGUCUACGCCGAGGUGCUGCACUUCCAGUCGGUGUGCUCGUGCCUGUGGUACAAGAGCCGCGAGAAGCUGCAGUAUUCCAUCCCCAUGAUCAUUCCCAGGGAUUUGUCCAGCUCGGACACGGGCGUGGAGCGCAGCCACUCCUCGCCCGCCCGCUGUCCCGAGACUCCGGAGCACCGGUGCUUCUGCCGCUCCCGGCGUUCCGCCAUCAGCUCCGUGUCCACCGGGCUCCAGAGCCUGGCGGUGUUCCCGGGAUUCGCCAAGCGCCGCAGCUCCGUGUAGCC